GCAACCACACUUGCAUAUUGUGCAUCUACCUCUAGCUCCUAAUCUUCCUCUAACUUCACUCUGUCCGCCAGGAAAAAUCUGAAUAACGCAGCUUCCGCAUCAUGGGUUUCAUUGGAGCAAUGGCAAGAAACUUGGACACAAUAAUAGGGCCUGGAGUAAUGCUUCUUUAUCCUUUAUAUUCAUCAAUAAGGGCUAUUGAAAGUCCUUCAACCUUCGACGAUCAGCAGUGGUUAACGUAUUGGGUUUUGUACUCCUUCGUGACCCUCUUUGAACUUUCCACUUAUAGGAUCCUAUACUGGUUUCCGAUUUGGCCAUACUUGAAGCUUUUGUUUUGUGCCUGGCUUGUACUUCCAAUGUUCAAUGGAGCUGCAUACAUAUAUGGGAAUUAUGUGAGGCAAUACUUCAAAAACAUAGCAAGCUAUGGAGGUAACUACAAUUAUCCUGAAGAAUACAAGGAGGUCCUUCACAUGAUGACCUUCGAUGCAAGAAAAGCAGUGGAAAGCUAUAUCAAUAGAUAUGGCCCUGAGGCCUUUGAAAGAGUAAUUAGAGUGGCUGAGAAAGAAGCAAAGAAGCACUAAUCAGGGUGAUUUGAGGAAGAUGGCAUGAGAAUAAUUAAUUCGAAGAUGUUGUAAUUUAGUAUUUAUUUCUGCCUAUGUAUAUUACAUAUUGUGAAGAAGAUUGAGUUCAAAAUUAAAUUUUAUUAAAUGACAGCAAUACUAAGCUUAGGACA